CUCCGCUACAAAUACCAUGCCGAGCGCCUCCAUGGGGUUUGCCAAAUUAGCUAGUCGGCGCCCCAAUACGUCGAGAACCCUAAUGGCGUGCUCUUCUAGAAGAUCCAACUCCGCCGUUCCACCGGUUUCGAGGCCCCUCCUACGAUCCGCAUCUCCCGCUGCGGUUGCAGGCGCCGCCCCCUUCUCUUCCUCCUACCGCUCCUCUGCCUCUUCUCCCUUCGCUUCCUCUUCCUCCGCCAACUCGUCCACCUUCUUCCAUCACCGCUCCGCCUCGCCUACCCGCGUUUACCUCGUCGGAUCCACGCCUUCCCCCAGAACCCCGUCCGUCCACUUCUCCCUCGAUCGAUCUACUUCCCCAGGCCGUUCCCUCGCCGUCGUCGACCGGCGCCGUCCCGCUUCCGCCUCGGCCGCCGCACCUGCCCGUCGCACCUGCAUGUGCUCUCCCACCACCCACCCCGGCUCCUUCCGCUGCAGCCUCCACAAGGGCCUCCGCUUUCCCCCUCACCACAACCAACACGCCGCUUCUUCGUCGCCGUCGAACCGCCUCAACGCCCGCCGUUCCGCGAUGACCAACUCGCUGGUCCGAAUCGGAGCCGUGGAGGGCGAGUGGGUGAAGCGCGCUCUUGCCUCCCUCAUCCGUCCGUCCUCGCACCAGCAGCGCCGGCGGGCCGACUUCCGUCCGCGUCUCAGUCGCCUCUCCGUCAUGUCCAGGGCCGACGAUGUCUAGAUCUCCGCCGUCUCAUCCGCCGAUCUCGAAACAGCGAAGUUUUGCGUUGCGUUGCCAACUCCACUUGCGUUCGUCGGUUUCUUCCCCGUCGUGCGUUCCGUUGCCAACCCAUUCGCUUUCCGUGGGGGUGAAGUAUUUUCAUUUUAUUCGUUUAAUUUAUUUGGUAUUCGUCCAUCUUAUGUAUAUAAUAUUAUAUAUAUAUAUAUAUAUGGUUGUGUUGGAAUUUGAUUUGUUGGACUGAUGCUUUCUUUCGUUGCAGGAAUGGCGGUCGCUUGGAGUGCACGAAACUUUUGUCGACUUCCGGAGUAAGUCUCAAAAGAAUCAAAUAAAGGAGAAGGGGAAACGUCCCUGGAAACUAGUCAAAUUGGGGAGUGGGCCAACUGCGAUGGGGAGAAACGCACUGUCGACAGCUGUACGCCAACUCAACUUCUAAAAACAAAGAAUUAUUAACCAUUUUCUUGAAAUAAUAAUCUAUGAAUUAAGAUGACAAGAUAUUUGAAAAUGUAAAAAAUAUCAGCCAAUUACUAAAACCUAAAAAAUGUUCGUAACAUUGCUAUGAAACCCCCCUAAUUAUGAUGAAAUUCAAAUCUGAUAUAUAAUUUAAUUCGAUCUAAAAAUUUAGAGAUCAAAAUAUCUUAAACCAAAAUGAGGGAUGUGUACAGCUGUGGCCAAAGAUUCCAAGGAAUAUUUAAUUAAUAAGAUUGAGAUUGAUGUGAUCAAAGACCAGUGGAUGAGAUUAAAUUGGACACACAUCCCUUCUAAUUCCUCAUCCACAGGAGUCAAUUUCUUUCUCUGACACUGCACGAAAAUAAAUGAAUAAACACACGGCCCAUAUCAUCAGUCGAUGAUAUCACAUCUCUUGUUUUCCCUAACAGUAUUAUAUAAUUAUUGUCUUCAAAUUUCAA